AUGGCAAACGAUGCCGUUGAUGCUACAGUUCGUAUGCUGCUGUCCGAAUUCGCUGGCAAACAAUUGCCACUGAUGCAACAGCUCGUGUGUGGCUGUCCGAAUUCGCUGGCAAACAAUGGCAAACGAUGCCGUCGAUGCUACAGUUCCUCGUGUGCUGCUGUCCGAAUUCGCUGGCAAACAAUGGCAAACGAUGCCGUUGAUGCUACAGUUCGUAUGCUGCUGUCCGAAUUCGCUGGCAAACAAUUGCCACUGAUGCAACAGCUUGUGUGCUGCUGUCCGAAUUCGCUGGCAAACGAUGCCGUUGAUGCUACAGCUCGUGUGCUGCUGUCCGAAUUCGCUGGCAAACAAUGGCAAACGAUGCCGUUGAUGCUACAGUUCGUGUGCUGCUGUCCGAAUUCGCUGGCAAACAAUGGCAAACGAUGCCGUUGA